ACUGUCUCUCUCUCUCUCUCUCUUUCUCUCUCUAUCACACACACACAGAGAGAGAGAGAGAGAGGGGUUAGGAAACACCUCCUCCUACUCUUAGCGGUCUAUGUGUCUCUCAGACUGACUUGAGCACACUGGUCUAUCACAGGUUUCUCCUGACUGGACAUUUUUUUAUUCUACACAUUGAGAAUCUUAACCUCUGACAUGGAGUACUUCACAAAGGAAUGUACAUUUUCUCCUCUACAUGGACAUUUUGUGUCUGUAUUGUUCUUCUGGAUGUUCCUGAAAUCUGAAGGUGCCUCUGAAUUUUUUCUGAAGAUUUAAUACCUUGUCUCAUGUAGAGUUUCUCCUGGAUGUUCCAAAUUUCUUAAAAUUUCCCAAGAUCCUGGAUGAUUCUGAAAUCUAUAGAUUCUUUUGGAUAAUUAAUUAGUGUGAAGGUUCUCUUGGAUUAAGACAUAAAUAUUUAGGAAAACUGAACAUAAUAUGUUUCUGGAUGAUACGCAGAUGUGAAGGUGUAGAUGUUUCAGAAAUAAUAUCGUCUAGAUCAUUUAAGAUAUAAAGCCUCACCUGGAUGUAUCUAGCACUCUGGUAAUUAAUCCAGAAUAUUGAUUAAAUCUCAAGAGACCUCUGGAUGUAAAUGAAACCUGAAGACUCAACCGUAAAAAGUCCUCCAGAUGUUUCUGAAGCUUGGAAGAUCUUGUCUCGGAAAAGGUCCACUGUAGUGCAGUGGGCUGUUAUGAGGAGACUCAAAGAGGAGUUUAAGACUUGAUCUGACUGAUUGCAUAUGAACGCAGCUCUGAUGCUGCUGAAGUUUGUCAUCCUUCUCUGCUGUUUCAUCAGCAGCUGGUCAGCGCCAUGGAGACCAUGCACAGGUACACUUCCACACCUAGAACAGCAUCUGUUACCACUGGAUCUGCUGCAUCAUGUCCUUCCUGUUGUAGGCAGUCACCAGACUCAGGUCCGGAUGGUUCAAUCUCAGGGUUCAAGAGGACUGAAGCUCUCCGGACCUCCACAAGCUCUGAGUUUCCCAUCAUCACAGAUCUUCACCAACUGCAACUUCUUCCCUGCUGAGUUCUCCAUCGUGGUCACACUGAAGAUCCCCAAACUAAAUCCUUAUAAAGAUGAGUACAUAUUCACUCUUUUGGAUGGAGAUUCAGAUGAGCUCCUUGUUGGUCUUCGUCUCGCUCAUGAUAAAGUGCACUUCCUGCGGCGGAUAGAUGACAGGACGGAACGUGUGACCUUCAGGCAGGUGAACAUGGUGGACGGACACUGGCAUACAAUGGUGCUUGCACUCAGUGGCCACUACGCCAUACUCACUCUGGACUGUGGUGUCCCAAUCGAGCUGCAGCUAGAGAAGCCAUUUCCUGAGCAGUUGUACACAGGUGGUUCCACAUUCUUCAUCGGCAGCAGGAGGAGAUGGAGUGGCCUGUUCUCUGGUUUGAUUAGGCAGCUCGUCCUCAUGCCCGGAUCAGAUGCGUCCUCUCGUCUGUGUCCCUCAUCUGAUCCCACACUGUCUGUUCUGUCAGUUCCUCAGAUUCUCUUACACCUGCCAGUCAAACCUCCAACCAAUCAGCUUCCAUUUUACCCCUAUGAGGCGGAGUUGCGUGUUACUCAGCGUGUUCCUCCGGUGUGUGUCAGUUCUGUAGUGGGCCAGUUGUGGUUCAGCAUUGAGAAGAGAUCGCUGUUCCUGUGUAAUGGCACUACAUGGCUCACCAUGCUGCAUGAGAAGGAAAAGUUGGAUUAUGUUGAAGAUCAUCAGGAUCUCUUCACAAACUCAGAGACGUUUGAUAUUGAGGUUUUUCAUCUCCCGUCUCUUGGUUUGUUCAUCGCUACGGCGAAUCGUGACUCCAGCUACGGUUCAGCAAUUUACAGGUGGACCAAUGGCAGAUUUGAGCGAUUUCAGAACAUCAACACAUAUGAUGCUCAAGCAUGGAAAUUCUUCACUGUGGGAAAAAAGAGGUUCUUGGUCGUGGCAAACUCCAGAAGAAGUGAUGAUAACAAACGUGGUGAGCUUUCGGUGAUUUAUAAAUGGAGAGUAAAGAAGCAGCACUUUGUUGAGUAUCAGAAGAUUCAAACACACAGUGCUCGCGACUGGGAGGCCUUCCGUAUCCAAGAUGACAACUUCCUCGCUGUGGCUAAUCACAGAGAAGGUGAGAUGAACCACAACAUCGACAGCGUGAUCUACAGGUGGAACCGAGACACCAGGAAGUUUGAGGUGAAUCAGACCAUCUCAACAUCUGGAGCCUAUGACUGGGAGUUCUUCACCAUCGGACCGUACCACUUCCUGGUGGUAGCCAACAGCUUUAACGGCAAAUCCACCGACAUCAGCUCCACCAUUUACAUCUGGCUGGGGGGGAGGUUCCAGCCAUUCCAGUACAUCACGACAUUUGGAGCAAUUGAUUGGGAGAUGUUUCAGAUCGAUAACAGGUUCUUUCUGGCUGUAGCGAACUCUCAGAAACUCAGUGACUCCAGCACAGUUCUCUACAACAUCAACUCCACCAUCUAUGAACUUAAUACAACCUCACAGAGUUUUAUUAAGUUCCAGGAUAUAGCAACAAGCAGUGCUUUAGAUUGGGAGUUCUUCACUGUGGGUGAUGAUAAGUUCCUGGUGGUGGCAAACUCAUAUGAUGGAGCUUCAUACUCAGUAAACAGUGUUAUAUAUAGGUGGCAAGGUUAUGAAGGAUUCGUGCCUGUGCACAGACUGAACACACACGGAUGCAGAGAUUGGGAAUUCUUCACUUCCUCUGAUGGAUCGUACCUCAUUUCCUCCAGCGCCAGAGCUGCGUACUCCAAAGUGCUCAAGCUGAAAACCUACUUCCAGCGUUGAGUCUUAAAAUCGACAACAUGACCAAGCUGACCUACAUCAUCACCUGCAUCAUCACCUGCAUCAUAUGAUCAUAUGCUCUCGAGCUCGAGCAUGACUUAUGGGACUUCUAGUAACUUUGGGUGCAGUAAACCCCGCCUCCUCUGAGUUCUUAUUGGUGGCUGUGUUUAACCAAUCACAAUUACUUUCUGCUCCCAGGAUUUCUCUGAUUGGCUGCUGGCAGCCAGAAAAAUACAGAGAAUAGCUUUUUUUUUUUUUUUUUUUUUUUUUUAAAUGUAGAUCAGUUUAGUAAGAUAAAGCUCAACAUAAUAAACUUCAGCAUAAUAAAGUUCCAGAAAAUUAAGUUCUGCGAAAAGUUCCAUAAAAAUAUGUAAAGUAGAGUUUGGUCAAAUAAAAUCGAAUAAAAUAAAGAUCAGUAUAAAAGGGUUCACUAAAAUAAAGUUAGGUAAAGUUUGGUAAGCUAAAAUUGGGUAAAAUAUAGUUUAGUAAAAUAAAGUUCUUUAUUUAUUGAUGCAGCUGAUGUUAAACUGUCAUCACUGUUUAAUGUUCAGAAAUAAAGUUCAUAAAACAAAUAUUAAAACAAGCUAUAACCGUCUUAAAACAAUCUAUUAAAACCUUAAAAAAAAAGAUUUCAUUUAUUUUUAGAAGAGAGCGAAGAUUUUUGCUGUGGUAGCUGCAGCGCCCUCUAUUGGACACUCCAUGUACAGCGCUAAGACUGAAUCUACUACAUAAAGAACUCUCCUUAUAAAACAUGUAUUUAUGUUUAAUUUACUCACAGAUCUCUUAAAAUCACUUGUUUAUCUCAUUAACAAUUUCACGACUGUUUACAAAUAAUUUAUCUGUCAUUCAUUUGCACACAGUGGAGCUUAUUAUUAUUAUUAUUAUUAUUAUUAUUAUUAUUAUUGUUGUUGUUGUUAUUAUUAUUGUAGUAGUAAUAGUAAUAGUAGUUGUCUGAAUCUCAGUUAAUGCAGAUGAACCUGGCAGCUAUCAGAGCAGCGUUAUGUAGGCCUUAUCUAUGAAAACAAUAACUUUUGUUCAUUCAAUACUACAUUUUUAUGCUAUUUUAAUGAUAUUUUCUAGGAUUGUUUCAAUUAUGUAGAAUACUAUUGUAAAUGUUAACUGUGUUUCUGACAUUUAUACUAUAUAAAUAAAAUGAUAUUAAUAUUAUUGUUACUGUGACGCUGAU